AUGUCAAACAUAAAACGUUAUUAUUCUUUUUUGCUCGGUAUUAUUGCAGCGUCGGUUACAUGGUCUGUCGUUUUGUAUUUUUAUAUUAGACUUGGAAAUGACACAUCCAUGUAUGUUUCAAGUCAAGUUAAUUACAGUGUUCAAAAUACAAAUGAGAACCAAGUCUACAAUUCUCAAAAUAAUGAAAUUCAUCCCUAUGAAGAUGUAUUAAGUUUUUUUUACGGUAAAAAAAAGCUUUAUAAAAAUAGUGAAAAUUUAAUUCAUCAUUUGAGAGCUGUCAUUCCUGACAGUUCUAAAGAUUUAGAAAGUGAAUUGGGUCUUGUGAAAUCAAUUCAAGAUCGAAGAAAAAGAGAUGAAGGCUAUAAAAAUUUUGCUUUCAACAUUUUAGUGAGCGAUGCAAUUGGAAUUCACAGAGAAUUACCAGAUACAAGACACAAUUUAUGUAAAAAGAAAAAAUACAGUAAAAAUCUCCCUACUGCAAGUGUUAUUAUAUGUUUUUACAAUGAACAUUUUACAACACUUUUAAGAAGUAUUUAUAGUGUAUUAGAAAGAACUCCUUCAUAUUUAUUAAAAGAAAUUAUUCUCGUUAAUGAUUUUAGUGAUUUAGCUGGUCUACAUCGCAAUAUUAGUAAUUAUGUAAAUACAAAUUUUACUGACAAAGUAAAAUUAUUCAAAUCGAAAAAAAGACUAGGGUUAAUUAGGGCUAGGAUUUUCGGGUCUAGAAAAGCCAGCGGAGAUGUUUUAGUGUUUUUGGAUAGCCAUAUAGAAGUUAAUGUUAAUUGGCUUCAGCCAUUACUUAGCAGAAUUGUGGAUUCGAAAAAAAAUGUAGUCGUGCCAAUUAUCGAUAUAAUUAAUGCAGAUACUUUUAAAUACUCAUCCUCUCCUCUUGUUCGAGGUGGAUUUAAUUGGGGUUUACACUUUAAAUGGGAAAACUUGCCUAAGAGUACAUUAAAAUCAAACGAAGAUUUUGUCAAGCCCAUAUUAAGUCCCACAAUGGCCGGAGGUUUAUUUGCCAUAAAUAGAGCAUAUUUUAAAGAAUUGGGUGAAUAUGAUAAUGGAAUGAAUAUUUGGGGUGGUGAAAAUUUAGAAAUAUCUUUUAGGAUAUGGAUGUGCGGUGGUAAUUUAGAAUUGAUACCGUGUUCUCGUGUCGGUCACGUUUUUCGUAAAAGAAGGCCGUACGGUUCGCCCAACGGCGAAGACACGAUGAUGAGAAAUUCGCUCAGGGUUGCCAACGUUUGGAUGGAUGAUUAUAAAGAAUUUUUUUACAAACAACAUCCGGAGGGUAAAACUUUUCCAUUCGGUGAUAUUUCGGAUCGAUUGAAACUUCGUAAAAAACUUCAUUGUCAUUCUUUCGAAUGGUAUUUGCAAAAUAUUUACCCGGAACUCAUAUUGCCAAGCGACAACGAACAAAAAUCUAAAAUCAAAUGGAAUGCGUUAGAACAACAAAAAUUUCAACCUUGGCAUUUGAGAAAAAGAAAUUACACGGCACAAUUUCAAUUGAGGCUCUUUAACACUUCCUUAUGCGUCACGAGCGAGAGAGACGUCAAACACAAGGGAUCCCCUUUAAUAUUAAGUCCGUGCCUGAGAAGGAAAACUCAGGUUUGGUAUCAAACGGAUAAAAACGAACUCGUUUUGGCCGGGCUUUUGUGCAUGGAUGCAUCGACCCCUUAUCCGAAAAUAGGAAAAUGUCACGAAAUGGGUGAAUCGCAAGAGUGGUUGUUGAAGAAAACGAAGAAAAAUACUCUUGUGUAUAACGUUGCUGCUGGUACCUGUCUUGGAGUGAGCGAAACACCCUCAUUUCAGUCAAUGGUAUCCAUGGAAUUAUGUUCUAAAAAAACAGGGAUAAGAUGGGAAAUUAUAUCCACCGCAUAA